CCUGGUUCGACGUCCACGCGACUUGCGCGUCCUUUUGUCGGCUCCAGAAUUGACUCUCCUUUUUGAUACCGUGUCUGCCAGGCUCGUCUGGUUUGUUGGCGUGUUCAUCCAUUUUUUUAUAACCGUUUGACACAGGCAAGGAAGUUGCCGGAAGCCGAAUCUCGACCCCGCCAAAACUGGUGAGGCGUCAUCGGCCCAGCUGGUCAGCUGCCCCGACCCGCCACUACAUCAAUCUCGUUGGCUCCCUUCGCAUCUAGACCUCGACUUUCGACCUCGCCGAUAUUGCGUUACUGCCUUGCCGGUUCUUACCUCGAUCGAACCCACCAUGUCAGGUAUCUGGGGCUGGUUCGGCGGUGGCGCCGCGCAGAAGCGGAAAGAUACGCCGAAGAAUGUCAUUCUCGACCUCCGGACGCAGCUUGAGAUGCUGCAGAAGCGUGAGGCCCAUCUCACGCGCCAAAUAGAGGAGCAAGAGCAGAUUGCGAGAAAGAAUGUCAAUACGAACAAGACAGCCGCGAAGGCGGCGCUGCGGCGCAAGAAGAUCCACGAGCACAAUCUAGAACAGACACUCAACCACAUUGGGACGAUCGAACAGCAGGUGAAUGCGAUCGAAUCGGCGAAUAUCAACCAGGAAACAUUCUUGGCCAUGCAGCGGGCUACCGAGGCCAUGAAGAGCAUACACGGCAAACUGACGCCGACUAAGGUCGACGAGACGAUGGAUCAACUGCAAGAGUACAACAGGCUCAACGAAGAGAUUGCCGAUGCAAUGAGCAAUAUUGCCGUUGGCCCGCAAGUCGACGACACCGAGCUGGACGAGGAGCUGGAGGCACUCCAGCAGCAGGAUCUCGAGGACAAGAUGCUCGAGACGGGCACCGUCCCUGUCGACUCCAUCCAGCAACGCCUGCCGACGGUGGCGAAUGGAGAGAUCAAGGGCAAAGCACCUGCAGCCGCCACCGCCGAGGACGACGAGGAAGCAGAGCUCAGGAGGUUGCAGGCCGAGAUGGCUAUGUGAGCAUGGGAUGUGGCAUGCGAGGUUGUCGUCUCUCAGCCGGUCGCCUAGGACCAAUACAUCCCGAUGCCGACUCGAUGGUGGCCCCUCCUUUUACGUCAUAGGUCGCCCAUGGUUUUGGGAGAGAAGGGGGAUGGGCAUAUAGGGGAGGGUAGCCGGGCUCUGGCGGACGGAGUGCGCACCGUUUUCCGUAUCGAUACCGACACAACUUCUGGAGUUUUGCCGACUUAGCGGAGGGUGGCGUUUAGGUUUCAGGAUUUAAUGUAGUUAUGGGGAGGUCGCACAGAGGAACAUGUCAGACGCAGGUUGGUUUAACGCAGCACGAGUUUUGUUACUUUUCCUGCCCCAGCCUUGUCUCAGCUGCAGGCGUGAGAUGAGGCUUGUUGGCGCUCGGUAUCUUCUUCAAUUGUGGAAGGACUGAAGGAAUGCCGAGAACGACAGGAGAACAACAGCCGUGACGCGGUGUUCCGGUGAUACCUGGUGGCUGGAGCUGAGCUCUGGAACAAACAGCCCUGGCCAAAGAGGGUUGCGCGGUGCAAAGGACGGAUUACACUCCUCCGUACUCCGAACACAACUCGGUUCACUAGCCAGGUCGCUCGGCAACCUCGUCGGUGGAGGGAAUUCUUACACCGCCUUUUAAUGAUUGGAUCUCGGAGCGCAUCCCGGCCUCAUGAUCAACAAUGCUCGAACCAUGGUGGAGACGACGUCGUGUAUUGGGUGCCGUUGAGCCUCGGGGCGCGCCACCCUUCGCCCUCCAGCCUUGUCAGGUGUCUGAUCGUCCUCUCCUCGACUCGUAGCGCCUGCCACUUGUUUGAGCAUCGGGAACGACGAUUUCCUCGAAGGAGCUCCUCGAAUUUUUAACCGCCUGCAUCUUGCAGAUUCCAACGGCAAUUACCUCAACACAGAAACAGAUAGCUAACUACACAUGGACGGUGUGCCGUAUUCCGUUCAACUGUUUACGAUGAUUAGCUACAGGCUGUGCACCUCGAGUCAUUGGACGCUCGAGGCUGCCGGGAUCUCUCGGUGAGAUGGGGAGUGGGCACGGCGACAUGGGUCUCUUGCCGAAGCCCAUCCCGCAUGACGACUCUGGAUUGGAUGGAUGCGGAGCGCGUCGUGCUAGUUAUGUGCUGUGGACGGAGAAUGGCUGCUGCUCAAGCGCAGAACUCCCACUUUUUUGAUAGUAAAUUACAUAGCCAGGACCAUGCUGCCAUGUCUGGAAGCCCGUCGGUUUCGGUCACACACAUCAGCGGACAAGUCCAUCCGUAGUCUGCGAUCCGAAAACUUUCACC